GCAUGUGAGAGGUUAACGACAAUGGGUGUUGCCGUGAAUUUGGCGACAUAUUUGACGGGUACGAUGCAUUUGGGCAGUGCUAACUCUGCCAACACGGUCACCAACUUCAUGGGAACCUCUUUAAUGCUCUGUUUGUUCGGUGGUUUUGUAGCUGACACUUUUAUCGGCAGAUACCUCACUAUUGCCAUCUUCGCAACCGUUCAAGCCACUGUAAGACAUUAUUGCAACGUUUAACAGUUCAUUUAGUUUCUAUAAGUUUGAUUCAUCUUAUUUUGCAUCCAAUUCGACGCAGAGCUUUAGCCCUUUAUUUUUUCAUUUAUACACAAGAGCAUAGGUUUAAAUUGCAGCCACAAUGUAAAGAUAUUUUUUUAACUCAUUGCAAUUGCAUCGCGACAGCAUUUGUCGAAUUAUGUAUCAGUUUUAUUUUCCCACAAUUGCUCACAAAUCACAACAUAAAUAUUUUUGCACUCACUGUAACCACGAUUGCAAUUUAAGACCAUACUUAAGAUCACCCGAUAUCAAGUAGUUUUGGACUAUUAAAAGUCGAUUAUCUCAAUUUUUACAUCACAUAUAUUCAAUUGUUUUAAUUUAUAAUAAAUAAUUAAUAAUACUUAAAUAUGUGUCAUACAUCAGACAAAUCAUUAAAAUUUCGGACAACCUAACAAAUAGAUAUGAACCUCCAUUUUUUUUUUAUAUGUGUUUGGUUAAUAUUUCUAUUUUUAGAUCUUUACAAAAUAUGUUUUCAUGGUGUGACAAUAUUGACCAUAUCAACAAUAAUCCCAAGCCUGCACCCUCCAAAAUGCAUAAGAGACGCCACCAGAUGCUGCAUGUCAGCAAACAACAUGCAGCUAAUGGUGCUCUACAUAGCCCUCUACACCACAUCCCUCGGCAUUGGAGGCUUGAAAUCCAGCGUCUCAGGCUUCGGCACGGACCAGUUCGACGAUUCGGACAAGGGAGAGAAGAAGCAGAUGCUGAAAUUCUUCAACUGGUUCGUGUUCUUCAUAAGCCUGGGGACACUGACCGCGGUGACGGUUCUUGUGUACAUUCAGGAUCACAUAGGGAGGUACUGGGGAUACGGGAUAAGUGUGUGUGUGAUAGAAGCAGAGGAUGCUCAACUCCUUGUUUCGAGGACAAGAUUCGUUGGUGCUUUUGGUGUUGAGCUUGGAUAUUGGCGCGCGAAUGCUUCCCACUUCAGACUUCAUAAUCCUGAAGGUAAUUUGGUUGCUUGGUUGCUCGUUUGGGCCUUUCUGAUAUGUUGGGUUCUGCUGUGGGGUUGGGUUCUGCGGGGUUGGGUUCUGCGGGGUUGGGUUCUGCUGUGGGGUCUAUUAUAA